AAGCUGGAACAAGUCACAUGGUGGCCAAUGUUGUGUGGAUUUGACAGUUUCCCCUUCACUGUGGUUGACAGUUUAAAAAAUAGUGACACUACCAUUAGUUACACAGACGUAGGACAGUGCAGGGACAAGACACAGAGUUGAGGUUAGAAGUAUAAGUUACUGUAUUUCACCACAAGUGUUUAAUUAUGUCAGAGGGAGUCUAUGAAAUCCCAGAUGGAUUUGAAGAAGACGAGCCUGAUGCAAUGAAGAACACAGACAUUGAUGGAAAAUUAUAUGCCAACGUAAGAGCCUUCAAGCCCAGUCCAAGACAUGGAGUUGUUGCUUCAGCACAUGUUCAGUGGUGGAAGAGACCCUCUGGAGUUGCUGCAGUGUGUCUGGGGCUGCUGUGUGUUCUCCUACUGGCUGGGAUCAUAGUCCUGUCUGUCUACUAUAGAGUCAUUGAUAAUCACAACUCAACACAGAUAUACCAGCUACAGACCAGUUACAACAACCUGACUAAAGAGAGAGGCCAGCUACAGACCAGUUACAACACCCUGACUAAAGAGAGAGACCAGCUACAGAGCAGUAGAGACCAGCUACAGACCAGUUACAACACCCUGACUAAAGAGAGGGACCAGCUACAUUCUGACAGAGUUUUUCUUAGCGGGAGGCUUUCCAAUCUCAAACAAACCUGUCCUGAACGCUGGCAGAAGGUUGAAUCCAGUUGGUACUUCCUGUCUACUGAGACUAAAACCUGGAAGGAGAGCAGAAAGUACUGUCUGGAGAGAGGAGCAGACCUGGUGAUCAUAAACAGUGAUAAGGAACAGGAGUUUCUCUUCAACAUCAACAAGGGAGUCUGGAUUGGUCUGACUGACUCUGUUACUGAGGGGACCUGGAGAUGGGUGGACAGAACCCCACUGACCACCCGAAGGUACUGGUCUCCAAAUCAGCCUGAUAAUGGUGGUGGCAAACCAGAAUAUGGUGAGGAGGACUGUGUUCAGAUACAUGAAGAACAGAGUCCUCGAACAUCAUGGAAUGACUUGUCAUGUGACAGCAAACUCAACUGGGUUUGUGAGAAAGUGCUUUAACAUCACCAUGACAACAUUCUGUAACACAUACAGUAGCCUACAGCGCACACAACUUCCUCCUUCAUUCUCUCGCUCUCUCUCUCACGCACACACCCUCCUUCACACACACGCACAAACACUUGCAUGCAUGUACACAAACACACACACCUAUUGUUGUAUUUGUUUGAAGUAUCAUAUUAAUAAAAGUCCUACU